AUGGAGUACAACCAUUGGGACAUUGAGGCCCCCUUCGAGUUGGAGGACAUGCUCAACCAAACGCUUACAGGGCUUCAAGACCUCGACGUCCCUCUGGGCUUCGAGCCCGAAUCCGCUUAUCAUAAUCCGUCGACGGGCACUCGCAAGAUCCUGGGUACCGCCAUCUUUGGUGUGACGGCUCCAAGUGAUGUUGCCGACUUAUAUUGCGAGGAAGCGGCCAAGCUGGGGGUGCCGGUCGCCCUGCAACAAAUGCUUCCCGGUGAUGAGAUUCUUAAUUUCGAAUUGGACGACGAUAAACAGUUUUUCUCGUCUCCAUUAAAAAAGGAAGAUUGGGACGCUGACUAUACCGAUUUCUCUAAACACAACAAAUACCCGCCGCUGCUGCCGAUACCCACACGAGCGUUCCAGCUGCUGCCAAUUAAAAAAGAUACGCUGUUCACCACAAACUUCCUGGUGAAGUACUUGCAAGAAUUGCACAAUCGCGAACUGCCAGUGUACGUUGAUGAUAUUGAACCUUUGCUUGAUAAGAAGUACGUACCCAUUCCUGUACAAGAGCCCACUCCCAUCAAUUUGCAGUUCCUGGAUAAUGCAUUUCUUCCUCCGCCAGCGGAGUCCCACCUGGUUCAUCUGCUGCCUCAAUGGCUGUCUCCUGAACCUACCAGCCCUCUGCCACAACGGCUGGUGUACCUGAGCAACUUGACGCUGUCACCGGUCCAUCCCGUGCUAAAAAAUUCGACUCAAUUCUGCAAUCCUCAAUACUUCGACCCCCACGGUUCUCCAGAACACGAUGUGGCGUUUUCAACUCCCCAAAAACCCCCUCCUCCCGUUUUCAUGGCUCAACUUGAGUCCUUACCUUUACCACGUCAUUCUCAGGAGUCUUUUGGCCUGUCUCCCAUCAAGAAUCAACUGCCAGUGCGCUCACCUGCUAGACCUCAACCGUUGCAGGCUGAGGUCGUUGACGCCGACGCCACCAUCACCCAGCUCACCCCUUUGAAACAAAACCCCUUCCCUAAUACCCCCGUCAAAGGUUCGCUGGUACAACUAGAGUGGUCGCCGAUUAUUCUGCCGAAUCCUAAAGGCAACGAAAAUGUUCGCAAGCACAUCCAACAACUGACGCCCAAACGCAUCAAGAAGACACUGUUACUUCCUCCUGGUGAGCUUGAUCGAUAUUGGGAAGGCCCCGACGAGAACAAAACUUACACCUGCACUUAUCGAGAGUGUGGUAAAAAGUUUACUCGUCGCUAUAAUGUGCGGUCACACAUCCAGACUCAUUUAUGUGACCGCCCGUUUGCCUGUACCUACUGCACCAAGAAAUUUGUUCGUCAACACGAUCUCAAUCGUCACGUCAAGGGGCAUUUAGAGGCAAGACACUGUAAGUGUCCCUGUGGCAAAGAAUUCGCUCGACUUGAUGCUUUGAAGAAGCAUCGCGAACGUAAUAUUUGUGCUGGGGGUUUAGCUCCUCAGCCGGCGGCAAUUUCAAAACCACUGGUUCGAGUCAAACAUAAGGUCUUGGACGAAGCGAUGUCGGAAAAGGUGAUUGAUAAUAUUAUGGGACGUGACCAACCGGUUGGUCAUGAUGGAUCUAAUUAG